AUGAAAUCUCGGAAAGGCAGCUUUCAGACACUCAGUAAAUUUGGCCGCCUUCACUUCGAUGACGCAGAUACACCUGAUAUAGGCGAUAUAGAUGAGAUUCUUUCCGAGCUAAAAUCAUUCGAUCGCAAAUCAAGAGUAAAAAGAAAAAGUUUAAAAGCAGGAAUUAGCGAGCGUCUUUUAGCAGGAGAAAAGGCUCAGAGGAGGCCUCGAAAAAUCACUAAAACGGUUCCAAAACACACAAAGCAGCCUCCGACAAUUCCUCAAGCCACUUUUAAAAACGAUUCAUCUACUGAUGUCCCUGGCGCUGACCAGUACAAUCCUGAUUAUGAAGUGCUAUUAAAGCGAGCUCCUUCGCUUAGUAUUUCUAAUCUGCCAAAAACAGUAAAUUACGACCCAGAUACCAUGACAAUGCGUCAAAUGGUUGAUAGCUGGUCAAAUAUACGUAUUGCUAACUACUUAAAUUCAAGAAAAGAAAUACAAGAACCAACAUACAACGAAUUCAAGAAAGAAGAUAAAGUUCCUGGAAUUAUUUCAAGAACUCAACCGACAUACGUCAAGAAUAGAUUCGAAACAGAUACUCCUGCCCCUAAUCAUUACAAUAUUUCUCGAGAUGUCUCGAAAUCUUCGAUUCUUCCAUUUCAUGCUCAAGCACCUCGUCCUGAUAAUGAUUCAGGACCUGAUAGAACUCAUUUUGGCCUUGCUGCUUCAAUUGAUGCAACAAAACCGAGAUCUGUUUCACAUUUACUUCCUCCAAACAUCUCUCGUGAUAAAUCUAAAGACAUCAAAACGAAUAUUUGGGAAGAAAUCGAAAAUGAGCAAAAAAUUUUGAUGAAUCAACUCCAAAAACCGAAAGAUACAAAGAAUUCCGCACCGAAACCAGUUAAGCCACGCUACGUACCUAAGCCUGAUGUCAGUCCUUUCGCUCAAUUCAUGAGAACUGAAGCACCAGAUGUCGAAUACGACGUUGAAGGCAAUUUGAGAAGCCUUAACAAGAAAAUUCCUCCUCGUGAGAACUUCGGAAGAAGAUUGGAUGACAGCGAUCGUGCAAUUUACCAAAAAUCUGAAGCUCCUGACGUAAUUUAUCCAAAUACAAACGACGCAUGGCUUAAAACUAUACCGUCAUCAGGAAAUGCCCCAUCAUUCGAUCAGAUGCACGAUAGAAAAGAAGCUUACGCUUACAUGCCAAAAACAUGUGGAGGAGGAUACACUUAUGUGGAGACAAACUGGAACAGAGGACAGGCUGUUCGUUUCGACCUCAUGGGUAAGAGGAAAUUGGUGCUUGAAGUUCCCCCUCAAUACAAGCAGGGAAGAUCAUCUUCUCAAUGCGCUGCAGUUUUUAACUGA